GUCUCCGGUCAUUCCAUGGUCCCAGGGAGAGACGGGCAGCGAUGUACCCAUGUUGUGUUCUCCCUUGCUGCAGGAACCUUCUGCAACCUGGCUGUGUCUAGCCCCCAGCACGUGGCAGGAGCCAAGAAGGGCACCUUCACGGACGACCUGCACAAGCUGGUGGAUGACUGGGCCAAGGAGAGGAUCGGAGCUGCCUGCCUGAAGCCCAGCCUGAACAUGAUCCGUGAGAUUCAGAACAGGCAUGACUUCGAGUGCUGGCAGCAGCAGCAGCAGCAGCAGCUUUGUGACGGAGUCUCCCAAUCGUGUACUGUCUGGAUGGUGCCCACGUCGCAAGGUCAGGGGUCGCAGCCUGCCACCAUUGCCCCGGCGAACUCUCACCCCAGCCCCGCGGCUCCGUACUCCCUCCCGCACCGGUGCCCGUACUCGGGACUGGCCAGAGCGGCGUACCAGGCUCAGCGGGUCGGGCUGUCGGCCUGCUGUGGGCCCCCUCACGGGGCAGCUCCCCCUCCUCCCCCCACACAGCCGCCUCUGCCACCAACGGCCCCCUACCUGACCGGCGGCGGAGGGGGAGCUGUUCAGACCUCAACAGCAGCAGCCCCACACUCCAAGUGAGAGGCAGACUACAGGACAACGUCGAGAGAGAGAGAGAGAGAGAGAGAGAGAAGAGGACACCAGCCUCAGCAGACGUGUCACUGCCGGCUGCAGAGAAGGGCGACCGAGCGGAGAAAAACCAGCCGCGAUCCAAACGGCCCUCAUCUCCAACCCUGCUCUCCCCAGCGGGACCCUGCACGGAGGAAGGGAGCCCAUUACCAAUCGAGGGUAUCCUGCUGGAGUGGGGGUGUGGGGAGAGAGACAUUGGCCUGUCAUGCAUCGGGCUGGAUCCUCUGGUCUGGGUGAGGGGGGCGCUGAAGGGAAACCGAGGUGGGGUGGGGAGAUUGUUUGUGCCUUCUUAACCAGCCCCCCCCCCUCCCACUUCCCACCC